GUCAAACUUAUAAUCAAGAGGGGAUUUCCGCCGAAGGACUUCUGACGACUAAGGGGCCAGAUGGGCGGGGAUCGGGAGUCGCACUCCCGAAGACUGAUGAGCUACAGCAUUUCUGCAUUUCAUCACUGCCAUUUGACUAGGGACACGGUUUGCUCACUCUGAGAAUACAUUAAACAAAAGUGCGCCGUACGAUAGUUUUUGGUUUUAUGAAGUGUAUAGUUAUGCAUUUACUUUUCUAUUAUACAUUUUGGUGUCCUGCCUAUGAUAUUUUGAUUUAUAUCAGUAAUUGUCACAAAUUAAUUUAAUUGUGGCAGAUUCAACACUAACUAGUCAGUUACCUAUUAUCUAGACUCUAAAGGUGCGCGUUGUUUUUCUCAGUGCCUCAAGUGGCAUGUGCAGGCGCUGCCAAGGAUGCUCACAUUCUUCAUCAUCAAGUGCUGCUCAGUUGCACGUCUGUGAUAUGACUCGGUUAUUCGGUUGCGGUUACGAUUCUCUCCCUGAGUUUUCACUGUUUGCCUGGCAGUCUGUCUGUCAGCCUUGGGUUUUCCUUUCGGGCGUUUCGCCUCUUAUUUCCCAGCCCAGACUUAAACACACACAGAUAUACAGAGUGCCGCGCCACUGUUGACACUUUCCACUGACAAAUGGCCAUAAGUGUAUAAUUGGAUAAGAACUCGAAAGAGAAAGGCCAUAUGAAUCGGACAUCGGGAAUGGGGUAUCCUCCAUUGCUACUAUUUAAGCUGCCAGGCGAACUCUUUUAUGCAGUUCACUUCCAGUCGGCGGCCAUUCAAUCAAAUUAGCGAGCAGUGCAAUCACCGGGCGAACAAACUAAUAUCUGUGGCCAAAAUGCUUCAUGGCUGACUACUUAUCGCUUAAUCACAUCAAUGGAACCAUAGGCUGCUAUCGGCGCAUCUGCAUAAAACAUUUAGCAACAUCAAAUCGUUACUCGCCCAUCCAUCCAUCCAUCCACACACAUCAAAGCCAAUCAAAAUGGCAUUUCAAUAAUAUCAGAGCCGUACAAUCGCGUCAACAGGGGGUUUUCCGGGAUGGGUGGGAAUGGUAUGGCAUGGCAUGGUAUGUCAUGUCAUGGUAUGGGGGUUCUGUUGUAAUGGAGCGCGCAUAUUUCGGCUCGAAUCUGUGUGGGUGAGCUUAUGAGUCAGUGAGCAGCUGAACGCAUAUGUGUGUGUGUGAAUACAUCAAUGAAUCGUUCGCCAAUAUUACAAGCCUGAGCACACACAGCUAGAAAGAGAGCGAGGUAGCGGAGUAGACAGAGACAGAAGCUGGCGGAAAUUGUGUCAAAGGAUACUUUCGCUUUCCCCCAAAAUGUGUCCUUGUCCAAAUGUACACACACCCAUACGGUUGGGCGGGUGGGCGCGUCAUAAAGAUAUUGACAGGCCCAUAAAGAUAACCGUAGUGGAUUGUGAAUGACAUGUCAUGGAAGAAAUUAGGCGAUGUUUCUCUGAAUGAUUUUGCCAAGGGAAAAAUCUUAUCUAAUAAGAAAGGAUACAUAUAAAGGAUAGCAUAUAAAUAGUACGACUCUUAGACGAUGUACGCAACUAACUAUUUAAACUGGGGCUUAAAGCAAGCCACGCUUGGCCAGUUUUGGUUUUUUGGCUAUUACACACACACAAACCCGUCGACUUCGAAAUUCAAAAUUUGACCCCGGAUUUGUUGACUCGGUGAUCCUUGAAUCGAUGAUCAUGUUGGAGGCCACCUUGCAGCCAGGAUAUGUGCCUGUUGGCAUCACGCCAAUCUUGAAUUGGACAGAGCCACCAAGUCUAAAGCAUUGUGAUGAGGAUUAUCUGAUCGUUGUCCUGGCAUUGUCCAUUUGCACCCAGUUCUUGCUGAUGACCUAUGUGGCGUUCGCAGUCAUGCAACCGUGUUCCAUGCGAAGGAAGCAGUUGAUUGAGGGCCAGCAAAAGACCUUCGCUAGCUUCAUAUUCCGAAGGUUACUCUUCCAGUUGGACGAGGCAUUACACCCUUCGGUCGAGGCGGUGCGGUUAGACUCCUGCUUGAGGUCUGGUGAAAAGCUAAUCCAGGCCAUUCAACUGUUCCGGCGAGAUGCUCUCAAGGUCCUUCAGCCAGUGCAGAAUAUCUCAUCCGCAAUGGCCAGCGAUUUGUACUAUGUGCUGGACGAGGAGGAGAAUGAACUGAAUUUCAACGGCUAUGGGAGCUCUCAUUCAAAGGUCGAGGUCACCGAGGAACUAUUGGUGUAUUUGCUAUAUCCGGAACGAAAAGUGUCCGAGAAGAAGUAAUACGUCGGACUGGGGAACCUAAAUUUUUGGCUCUACUUGAUUUGUAUUUUUGUAUAAACUUUCCGCAAAGUCCACUAAAUUCACGAAUUAAGU